UUAAAGCCUGUGAGGUGAGGAAUAAUUCCGUUAUUAUAAUAAAAAAAUCUGAGCUAAUAUUUGAGUCAGUAUUUGAGAUAAGGCUCAGUCUUGAACGUGAUUGGACCACAUGACCGCACCGCAGUGAAGGGGCUGGGCGAGAGAGAGAGAGAGAGAGAGAGGCUGAUGGUGGAUAUGAUAAAGACGGCGGGUCUGCUCGGUUGAAGCCGGUCAUUUGUUUUAAUUUCUGUAUGAUUUCUUAGUUCAAUUCACGCGCCGCCGCUUGUUUGCUCUGUGCGCCGAGAGACGCGAUGCGCUGCGCCCCGGGAGCCGCCACCCUGCUGCAUCCUCUCUAGCGCUCCGACACCUCGCUUUGUCGGCGUCUUAUUUCUGUCUCAAGAUCGAGAGAGAGAAAGAAAAAAAAUGUCUCUAAAAUCCAAGCAGUGCGAGUCGGUGAAGGUGGUGGUGCGCUGUCGCCCGCUGAACCGUAAAGAAGAGGCGUCCGGUCAUGACAGCAUCGUGGAUAUGGAUGUUAAACUGGGCCAGGUGGCGCUGCGGAAUCCCCGAGCGGCUGCCGGAGAACCGGACAAGACGUUCACCUUCGACGCCGUGUACGACGCAGGAUCCAAGCAGAGCGACCUUUACGAUGAGAGCGUGCGGCCUCUCGUGGACUCGGUGCUGCGCGGCUUUAACGGGACGGUGCUCGCGUACGGACAGACGGGCACCGGGAAGACCUACACGAUGCAGGGGGAGUGGAUGGAGGCCGAGCGGCGCGGCAUCAUGCCCAGCUCCUUUGAGCACAUCUUCACGCACAUCUCACGUUCUCAGAACCAGCAGUACCUGGUGAGAGCGUCGUACCUCGAGAUCUACCAGGAGGAGAUCCGAGAUCUUCUGACCACCGAUCACAGCAAGCGCCUUGAGCUGAAGGAGAACCCAGAGUCAGGUGUGUACGUCCGAGACCUUUCGUCCUUCGUGGCUAAGAACGUCAAGGAGAUGGAGCACGUGCUGAAUGCAGGUAACCGCACGCGAUCUGUAGGUGCGACGGACAUGAACGAGCGCAGCUCUCGGUCUCACGCCAUCUUUAGCGUCACCGUUGAGUGCAGUCAGCCUGGUCCAGAUGGCCGGAACCACAUCCGGGUAGGAAAGCUGAACCUCGUGGACCUGGCUGGGAGCGAACGCCAGAGCAAGACGGGUGCACGUGGUGAGCGGCUCAAGGAGGCCACGAAAAUCAACCUGUCGCUGUCUGCACUGGGAAACGUCGUAUCGGCGCUGGCCGAUGGCCGUGGCGCUCACGUGCCAUACCGUGACUCCAAGCUCACACGCCUGCUCCGGGACUCGCUCGGCGGAAACGCUAAAACCGUAAUGGUGGCCACGCUCGGCCCGGCGUCCUUCAACUACGAGGAGACUCUGACCACGCUGCGCUACGCCAACCGCGCCAAGAACAUCAAGAACGUCCCACGUGUCAAUGAGGACCCCAAAGACGCCCUGCUCCGCGAAUUCCAGCUGGAGAUCGCCCGGCUCAAGGCACAACUUCAACGGCGCGGCACGCUGAGCGCCAGGAGGAAGAGGAGGCUCAAGAAAAGCCUAGACCAUGAAGUGAAUGAGGAUGAUGCUGCUGAUCAGGAUGAGGAAGAGUAUGAGGAUGAAGAAGGUGAAGACGAUGAUGAUGAUGAGGAGGAGGAGGAGAAGUUGGAGAAGGAGGCGCAGGAGUACAUAAAAGAACAGCAGGAGGUGUUGGAGCAAGAGACAGAGGCCAUCAUGGAUGACCGCUUGCUGGUGGCUGAGGAGAAACAGAAGCUCCUGGAAGAGAAAGAGAAGAUGAUGGGAGAUCUGAAGAAGGAGCAGGAGGCUUCAGCGCUCCUCACCGCCAAGUUCAAGGCAUUGGAGAGUAAGCUUCUGGUUGGAGGAAAGAACAUCAUUGAUCACACCAACGAACAGCAGAAGAUGCUGGAACAGAAGCGGCAAGAGAUUGCAGAACAGACACGUAAAGAGCGGGAGAUGCAGCAGCAGAUGUUAAUUCAGGACGAGGAGACGCUGGAGCUGAGAGAAACGUUCACCUCUCUGCAACAGGAAGUGGAGGCAAAGACCAAAAAGCUCAAAAAGCUGUACGCUAAGCUGCAGUCGGUGAAAGCCGAGAUUCAGGACGUGAACGAUGAGCACGUCAGAACCAGACAGGAACUGGAGCAGACACAGAAUGAGCUCACAAGAGAACUCAAGUUCAAGUACCUCAUAAUUGAGAACUUCAUCCCUCCGGAGGAAAAGAACAAGAUCAUGAACCGCCUGGUGUUUGAUGUCGAUGAAGACCAGUGGAAAUUCCAGCCUCUCGUUCCUGCUGAGGAUAAGUUUACUCAGAUGAAGAGGAGACCCGCCUCCGCUGUGGGUUACAAGCGGCCUAUCAGCCAAUAUGCCAGGGUUGCCAUAGCGAUGGGAGCCAAUUCCAGAUACAGGGCUGAAAACAUCAUGCUUCUGGAACUGGACAUGACUCCGCCCACUCUGUUUCAAAUGGACUUCCCGAGGCCGGGGUCCGAGACGGAGCCAAGCCGAGACGUGCACCUAGACAACGCAUCGUACAGAGAGAAAGUAGAGACCAGUCGGGUCAGGAAGUCCCAGUCCUGGUGCCAGGCUGCACGGCCCAUGUCUUCCUCAAGCUCGGUGCUCUCCCUGUCAUCCUCAGGGUCCAAUGGCCUGACGCACCCCGUCAGCGCCGCCAUAGCAACCGCCCACCAGUAAGAUGCCAAGGAGCACAACUUUGUCCCUUCUUCGAUCCACCAAUGAGGGAUGCGUCAUUCGUCCCACCUCCCUUUUUGCAGCAGUGAAACGGUGGCCUUGUCUGAGACGUUAGACGGAGCAAGAGAGGACGCAUUAUAGCACCAUCCUUACAUCCUUCCUUUAUUUUAUUACUCUUUUAUUAAAAUUCGCUCGCUCAGUUUUACCAGAUGAGAUCUGGUCAAGAUAGAUUCAGUUUUGCUUUCACAUCCGUUAAAUAGAAACUCCUGUCUCCAACAGGAAAUCUGUUCAAACAUCAAAUUUCGUUGCCUUUUUUAAAACUUGAACAAGUUUCAACAUGUUUACUGCUGAAAAAAAAUACAAAGGUCCUAUAAAUUGGUCUUCAGUCGGAAAAUACCACUUGGGAAUAAUUCGAAUGUCACCCCGGUCACCUACCGAAGAGGAAAUUAGAGAAAAGCCACUUCCUGUGUGAUCUACUGUACAGAAGAGAGUCCGGAAAAGACAGACAGACGGAUGAAGACGAGUGCAGACGUCUGUCUGUCGUUCUCCGAGCCCUGCUUGCAUGUUGUACUGUGUGUGUGUGUCCAUGUUUGUAAUUCUGAUCAGGGUCUGUCGGACGGAUGAAAACGUCUAAUGAUGUGGGGCGUGGCCUGUGCGUCGGAAUUAGAAAUGGUAGAAUCGACACUGUUGCCUGGUCGUUUUGGCUGGUACCAAAAAAACAAAACCAGUUUUUGUCGUAAUAUCAAACAUAUACAAUAUCAGUGACAGAGGGUCGGAAAGUCAUGUGGUGAUGUCGCUUACGGUGAGAAACGUGCUAGCAUGCGUGCAUUUUUAUUUUUUACAUUCCAGUUUACACACCCAUUUAAAUGAUUUUAGAUCGUUAAAUACAUUAGAAUACUAACUGAUUUUGCAUGAGCUAAGUUCCCAUUAAUGAGCAUAAUGCAAGAGAUGCACAAAAUUGUCUUAACGAUUUCAGCUUAACCGUUAAAAAAAAGUUGGAAUAUAGUUUACGUGAAGUUGACGUAAACUACAUAAGGCUCACCUUAUGUGUACUUUAAGUAACACGUAUUGAAGGUUUUCGCAGGACUUACGUACAGUUUACGUGAGGCUAAUGUAAAAUUUAUGUAAAGUUUCAGUAAGGUUUACGUAAGAUUCACUACAGGUUCAUGUUUAGGUUUUUAUUUGGCUUAUUUAACGUUUAUGAAAAUUACUUAAGGUUUGCAUAAGUUUUACGUAAAGCUUAUUUGAGGUUUAUGUUAGGUUUACGUAAUGUCUAUGUUAGUUUUUUUUUUGUAAGCUUGUACAAGGUUUAUGAAAUUUACUUAAGGUUUACGUAAACUUUAUGUAAAGUUAUUAUUCAUCUUUGUGAAAGGGUAAGAUUUACACAGGGGUAUGGAACCUUUAUGUAAAGUUUAUGUAAAACUUUAAAAAGGUUUUACAUAAUGAUCUCAUUUCCUCCAAAAAAUAUUCACAUACUGUAAAUGUAGAAAAUCUGAAGAAAAGUUUGUCCAUAAGAAAUUGUGUCCAUGUUUGUUUUUUUGUCCGACUUGUCGAACUUAUUCGUUGCGUACGAUUGGAAAACCUUUCCGAGGAAACCUUGAGGAGUGUUGGGAUGGAUGAAGGGUCUGCAUGAAGACAUUAAGAGACUCGUUUAGACUCAUGAAGGACGACUACAUGAAGUUUUUGGAGCUCUGAUGGGUUGAAGAUCCUGUGUGUUAUAAAAAAAAUGUGUCUUUCCACCAUUUUUAAUUCUAUACUGGUUUGCAUAAACCUUUAAAUUACUGUUGAGUGAUAUAUGGAGAAGAUUGCAAGAGACUAAAGCCAAGUGCGCAUACACACACACACACACACACAUAAUUAGUUCUCACACUGGACACAGACUUGAGCUUUGUUUGGACUUCUAGCCUAAAGCGUCCAUGCCCACCUACCUGACUCUAACUGUAUAGAUGCAUAAGGACUGUGAAUAUUUGCGUGUGUUCGAAUUAUGACUGUAUGAUAAAACUACUGAAUAAAAACGGAGAAAUCCGCUCUGCUGAC